AUGAUUCAUACCACAGCAACAGUAUCACGUUUAUUAUAUAAAGUGAAUAAAUCUAUUGCUGUAUUUCAGAUUAAAAAUCAAUUUUCAUUGAAUAAUCGAAAUAUGGCAUCUCAAGGUUUCAAUGUUGAAGUUAUUAAAGAAGGAUCAGGUGAUAAGCCAAAAAAUGGUCAAAAAGUAUCGGUUCAUUAUACAGGAAGAUUAACAAAUGGUACAAAGUUUGAUUCAUCACGUGAUCGUGGCAAACCGUUUGAAUUUAAACUCGGAAAAGGAGAAGUAAUCAAAGGUUGGGAUCAAGGUGUUGCUCAAAUGAGUAAAGGUGAACAAGCAAAAAUUACCUGUCCACCCGAGUAUGCUUAUGGUGACAAGGGUGUUGGUGAUGGUCUUAUUCCACCGAAAAGUACAUUGAUCUUCGAUGUUGAAUUACUCGAUUUUAAAUGA